GCCGUGAAGAGACCUAUGAAGUCACAGUAAUAGAGAACUAUAAAAUGACAACGCUUCAAUAUUUGGGAAUAUCAGUACUUUUCAUCAUCGAUCUGUUGGGAGCUGUGAAUGCUGAAGUGAUUACAUUGACAGGGAGAGAGGGGCAUUCUAUCACUCUAGACACUGGACUAACUGGACUACAGGCUGAUAAGAUAUUUUGGUCCAGUGGUCCAGUCAUUCCAAACACCUCAAUAGUUGAGAGUCAGGUCAUCAGAGGAGAGAACAUCACAGAAUUCAAAGGAAGAUUCCGAGAGAAACUGCAGCUGGACAGAGAAACUGGAUCUCUCACCAUCAGAAAUCUCACCCUCAACAACUCUGGAGUUUAUCAGCUAGACAUUUUCAAUACACACAAAACAUCUCAGAGAUUCUAUCUAACUGUCUAUGCUCCAGUACCACUUCCUCAACUCAAAAAAAUCCCUGAAGAUCAUUUUCUGGACAGUUCAUCAGAGAAGGGGAGCUGUUCAGUGGUGUGUUCUGUGGAGAACCGGAGAGACAUGACCCUGUCCUGGUACAGAGGAGAGAAGAGACUCAACCAGACCAGCAGCCCUGACCUCUCCACCAACCUGUCUCUCCCUCUGGAGAUAAAGCUACAGGACAACAAUAUCUACAGCUGUGUGGCUGCCAACCCAGUCAGCAACCAGACAACCAAACUCAACAUUGAAACGCUCUGCCUUCAGUUUGUAGAGUCUGGUCCUAAUCGAAUCACAAUCGUUGUGAUAGUCCUUGGAAUAGGCCUAACGUUAUUUAUCGUAACAUGCUGCAUCUGGAAAAGGACAUAUAUUAAAGGGUGCUAUGUAUCUACCUCAGGGAGUCCAGAAGAGGAGGACUCUGUUGGGUAGCCUACUCUGUCAGACCCUGCAUUUUUAUUUAUUUAUUUUUUAUUUUACCUUUAUUUAACUAGGCGAGUCAGUUAAGAACAAAUUCUUAUUUUUAAUGACGGCAUAGGAACAGUGGGUUAACUGCCUGUUCAGGGGCAGAACGACAGAUUUGUACCUUGUCAGCUCGGGGAUUUGAACUUGCAACCUUUCGGUUACAAGUCCAAUGCUCAAUUUCAUCUUCUUCCCCAUUGAAGAAAAAUAACUCAUUAGACUGUGUCCCUGCCACUGUAAAAACAGAAUGCACAUUUUGACAUGAACAAAGGAUGUGUUUUAUGCAGCAAAUAACACUGUACCAACUUCUGUCUACAAUUGUAUUACUAAAGGAGUAUUUUAAUACUUAAACAAAGAGUCUGUGUUUCCUUUCCAUUACUAAUGUAUUGUUUGAUAAUUAUAUAGACCUGAUAAUUUGUUGAAGAAAUUGACCAACAGUUGAAUAAAUAUUUACAUUUUUUUUUUAAAGAUAGCCUUAAAGGGCAAUUCCACCACUUUUCAACCUUAUAUUCAUUAUUUCCAGUACCAAACCAGUGUCUACAGUGCACUUUGUGUAUGAGUGUCUACAGCUUCCCAUGUGUAUGAAGAAUGGUCCACCGCACAAAGGACAUUCAGUCAACUUGACACAACAGUGGGAAGCAUUGGAGUCAACAUAGGCCAGCAUUGCUGUGGAAUGCUUUCGACAUCUUGUGGGAGUCCAUGUCCUGACAAAUUGAGGCUGGUCUGAGGGGGGUGCAAAUCAAUAAUAGGAAGGUGUCCAUAAUGUUUUGUAAGCUCAGUGUACUCUGGUGGUUUAAAUGUUCCCCUCAAAACAACAUUGAUUACUUUUGCCAAAUCCAAUGUAUUUUCCACAUCACAAUAACUUUACAAAUGACGUUGAAACAAUGUUGAUUCAACCGGUGUGUGUCCGGUGGGAUUUUAUGGUUUUUGUGACACCAACUGUGGGUUUGCUAGUUGAUAAAGGAAUUGAUAUGUUUAAAGUAAUGAUGAAAGGAUUCCACCCUGAAAUCAUAUAAUUGUAUGAAAUGUGUUAGAGUCAUAAUUCCAUAAUGUGUGUGACUAGGCCAUUGUGUUACUAUUUCGCAAUAUGAGCUGGGUAGAGUUGAGACAUUCAAGGCCAACUGAACUGUCGACUUGUGAUAACUCUGAAACCAAAUAACAGGAAAGAGGCCUCCCCAACUUAGGUAAGGGGGAGUAACUGUUAGGAAUGGCUAGGCUUGUAGAAGAUAAUGAGAAAUGGUGUGUGUGUGUGUGUGUGUGUGUGUGUGUGUGUGUGUGUGUGUGUGUGUGUGUGUGUGAGGGGUUAUAAAAUUACUGUGUCCUCAUUUUUUACUUCAGAGUACUCUCUGAAUAAAGGAUUGAUCUAUUGCAGACUGGGGGCUUUGUCUAAUUCUUCAUUAACCAGGGUCUUACAAACUUAUGGGAAUUGGUCAAAGUUAUAAAAUAGUUUAGUUAGAACAUUGGGAUAAAAAUUCUCGUGACACUAGUAUAGUAGCAUAAAGGGUUAUAGGUAACAUAGCAUAAGUUGAACUCUAAUUAGGACAGUGUAUUCAUUAGUCGGACACUGUUGCAAAACGUUUAGCGAUGGAAACCGUUUCCUCGAAACUGAAAACUUUUUGCAACAAAAAUUAGAGUUUCUAUUAUGCAAAAUUCAGGUGGGUCCCUGGCUGUUUCAUUCCAUUUGCCUCCGUAGAAGGUGCCAUGUGGAGCUACAGUUUCAACCGUUUUAUAUCAAACGUUUAUAUAUGGCUUUAUAUGGAUUGAAUUUACCUUCCCCUUUUAUCAUUGUUUGCCAUCAAUAUCACUUGGAUAUUGAGGCCUCUUGCAUUCUGACACUGCUGAGGUGUGCGGUUAUUCCCUUACAAGGCACAGUCUUUUUUGUGAUACUGUUUACUUAACUACAACAGCAACCUCUCAUCUCUCUGCUAUAUUGUAUUUACUUUGCCACCAUGGCCUUUUUUGCCUUUACCUCCCUUCUCACCUAAUUUGCUCACAUUGUAUAUAGACUUGUUUUUUUUAAUGUAUUAUUGACUGUAUGUUUGUUUUACUCCAUGUGUAACUCUGUGUCGUUGUAUGUGUCGAACUGCUUUGCUUUAUCUUGGCCAGGUCGCAAUUGUAAAUGAGAAC